AUGUUAGAUCAUCGAAAUAUUGCAAAAGGUAUACGAGCAAGAAAUAUGUUUGCGUCUGGCAAUUCCAUCAAGCUAACAACAGCUGCUUUAAUUAUAAUUAUACAAUUGCUAUUGUUAUCAUUAAUUAAAAUAGUGUAA